UGGAGUUGUCGCAAAAUUUUAUACAGGCAUUCAGGAUCCCUGUAUGAUGUUCUCAAAUGACUUCUGGUGGUUUUUAGUGAACUUGAGCAAAAUUGUGAGUGAAAAACGAGUUAAAAAUAUGUCGUAUUUGUUAAUUACUCUCUUGAUCAAUCUAAUUUUACAGGUUAUGUUUUCAGUACUCGCUCAUUAUUGCCUACAGAUCUAAUGAUGCUCCCAGUUUUAUUCAUGCUCUCUCACAAUAAUGUUCUUUUUAUGUUGGUCGGCUAUAAUCCAAGAUGAAACAGCUGAACAUGGUAAACAUGAUAAUUACCAAACAUCAGCAUGUUUGAAGUAAUGAUGAGCGUUUUUAGCGUGUACCGCCUUUAGCAUUCAGCUCAAAGCAUCGCUGCUAGAGCGGCCUCAGAGCGGCGUCAGCACGGCUCCGUGAACUGAUGAUUUCACGGAGGAGAAGUGUUUUAAAAUUACAUUACUUCCACUGGAAAAGACUAAUGAACACAAGCCCGAUAUACUUCACAUAAUUGGACUUUAUAAUAAGCAUGCUUCAUAAUAUGUACGAGCAUUUUUAUCAUGCAGAAGAAAUCGAUUAAACAACUUUAUGUGUGGAUGAUGUUACAGCUAGUUUAAGUGGAUACAUAAAAAAUAGGUUUUCACUUCAUAAACACUUCACUUUCACCUUGACAGAUUUAUUAAAAUGCAGCAAGCUCUCCGAGAGGAAACUAUCUUAUAACUUUAUUUUCCUUUUUCCUCACAGUUCACAGGUUUGUAGCUUAAAUUUAAUGCACACCAGAUGUAAUAUUAUGAUGUUUUAAACAACAGUUAUGGCAUUUCUCAUGGGAAAAAGGUGUUUUUCAAAGAUACAGAGACAUUAAUUCUGUUAUUGAACAAUCUCAAAGCAAAUUGAGGUGGCGGAUAAGUCGAUGAUGAAAAAAAAAGGAUCUUUUUCUGUAAAGGCCAAACUGUAAUGGACUUUUUCAAUUCAGCGUUUCAGGUAAGAUAUGAGCAAUCUCAAAUCACACGGGUGAUUUAUGGAGCCAUUAUCACAGGGCUGUUAAACCUCACUGUAUUUAGAAGCAACAAUAAGACACCAUGAUCAGAUCAUAGUCCCGAUUUCAGUUCACUAAACAUGCAACGAGCCUCGGAGCGAAAGUCUGUUAAUCAUCUUAACAGGGAGGAGGAGACCGCCCAGAAAAUUCCCGAAACAUUAAAUCUGUUUUUAACAUUUCAGAACAGACUCAACUCGAGCUGAAUACCCUGUGGCGAUGUGUGAGGUUCGCAAAGAAGCUCUUUUCAGUUUGUAUCCUGUAUCACAGAGUAUAAGGAGUAUCGAAAGAUCCAAAAUUUGCUCUCGCUUUUUAAAUAAUAAAUCCCUUCAACACAUGAGAUAGAGCCUCUUCGGCGAUUUAUUAUUCAAUAUGUGGUUUUAUUUAAUUCAUAACCGACACUGUGGGAGAAAAGGAGACAUCUUUUCAUUGUUGCCACAGUAACUCACCCUUCAGACAUGACAGAGCAGUCCUCGCUGCUUUUGAAGGAGACGCAGAUUUCACUUGGACUGAUUCAUUGCAGCAGCAGCAGCAGGAUCCUCCACAUCGAGAGCAGCUGCCCUCAUUCUGUGUUUGUGAUACAGAGUCAGCUGGUCACACAGAUGUUUGAACACAGUAUUUAUACGGGACAGGUGUUCAAAUAUGUUCGCUAACUGGCAUCAAAUCCCAGAAAUAUUAAUAUUUAGUUUGCUAAUCUGCAGCUGCUUGUGCUGAAAAGAGGGAAUCGGAUUCAGUUUGGAGUUUUUAAGAGCCAAAUGACAAAAUGUUUUCAAAGACUGGAGCUGCAAAAAUGUUCCUGCAAAAUAUCCACCUGAACGUAUUUUUGUUUUUGUGCUGUAUCAAUGGUUUUCAGUGCAUAUACUGUCGUCUUUAAGUGGAGCUCUGGGAGCAGAUUAAACGCUCAUUGUUGUUUAUUCAAUUUGGUGAAAUAGUCUAAGAGGGUUUUAAUUAGCCUGGAGAUAAGGCCAGACCAAGUAAGACCAAGUUUGUAUUUAUUCGUGUAGACAGACAAAACGGGGGAAUCUGAGGGUUCACCUCCGGUCAACCAUCAUUUCUAACACGUCAGAAAUUCAUCCAACCAGUCAAGAGCCGCUGAUCGACUCAUUGAUGGGCGACGGAGCUGAAAUUCAACACGUCGUCAAAAAUCAAGCAGUCGUGCAGCUCAAAAUGUCGAGUCAGAGAUGCAUGAGAUGAAUCACCCCGUCUAAAAGAGCAGAGUGGAUUUAAGGUAAAAGUUGACAAGGUUUUUCGUCUUAAGCGAACUCUUUAGUGGACGGCAUAAAAACAACAAAUAAUCCAUGACCAGACCUAUGUACCUCUUUUACGCCGCCUUUAAUGCCACUUCAAAUAGAAAUAAUCAGAUUUUUAUUAUAACGAAGAAGGCAGAGUUGAGAGUUUGUGUCUGUGGCUUCAUUCCAGGAACAACUAAGUUAUGCUGCCUGGAGUUAUAUGUACUGUGAAGGGUGUGGGUUGCAAAUAUAUACCCAGACUCCUUAUUAUAAAUACAUUAUUUAUCAUUAUGCCUGAGAGUAUUCGAAUGCAAGCACCGAGAAACUAUUUUUAAUUCCAGAAACAUCCUCUUCCUUUGAGUUUGUUAUGAAUUAUUAAAGAAUAACACUCCCGUAAUAAUCCGAACUACUACUCCUCAAUUCCACUCAUCGAGACACCGUGUAAAAAUGUUGACACAAACUGAAUUUUAUGGUUUGCGAAUCACUCAAAGGUUAUAUUCAAUUAAAUAUAAUGCAAAGAGAGAACAAAUGAUGAAUCUGUAGGAAAGAUUAGUUUAAAAAUAGCAUGACUCAGCACAAAAAAGGUAAUGAUGGGUUGACGUUUGUGCAAGACUGCGAGAGCAAAUGGUUCAACAAUUUCAGCGUACUGUCCCAGAAUUGCUAAGAAAUAAAAUGUUGUGUGCUCAGGCAGCACUGUAUCAUUAAAACAGACAUGACUCUGCAGUGGAAGUUACUGCAUGGACUCAAAAUCAACUCUGAACAGAGGUUGUCACUGCAUUCACAAGUGAAGGUUAGAACCGAACCAUGUUCAGAUGAUCCAGAAACACCAUUAAAUUCUUGAGGCCCAAAACCAGUUAAGAUGUUGGCCUAAAUAUGGACCUUAAAUGUUCUUCAAACCACCAAAUACUGAUUUAUUGAAACUUUUUUUUACAGCAACCCAACUUCUUAUGGAAUCAGUUACUUUCGAUUUAAAACUAUUUUUACGUACUUGCUUAUAUAGUUUAUUUCAAAGAGACUGAUCCUUACCCCGACCCUAGCCCUAGACUUAACCUUUACCCUAACCCUAAACCUAGCCCUAACCUUAACUUUGACCUUAACCCUUACCCUAAACUUAACCCUAUCCCUAAACUUAACCGUAACCCUAACCCUAAACUUAACCUUGACCCUAACCCUAUCCUUAACCUUGACCCUAACCCUAAACUUAACCUUGACCCUAACCCUAUCCUUAACCUUAAUCCUUACCCUAAACUUAACCCUAACCCCAAACUUGACCUUAACCCUAAACCCAACCCUAGCCCUUACACUAACCUUAACCCUCACCCUAAACCUAACCCUAACCUUAACCCUUACCCUAACCCUUAACUUAAUCCUUACCCAAAACUUGAUUUUAACCCUUACCCCAACCCUAAACCUUACCUUAACCCUUUCCCGAACCCUAAACUUAACCUUGACCCUAACCUGAACCCUAACUCUAACCCUAACUUAACCUUAACCCUCAACCUAACCCUUAACUUAACCCUAACCUCAAAAUUGACCUUAACCCUAAACUUAAGCCUAACCCUUAACCUAAAUGUUAUCUUAACCUUAACCCUAAACCUAACUUUAACCCUUACUCUAAACUUGACCCUUACCCUAACUCUAACUGUAACCCAAUACUUACCCCAACCUUCACCUUAACCCUAACCCUAAUCAUUUACAAAAACAAACGUCUGUCCAAAACUAAAAGUCUUAUUGUUUCAUUCCUGAUUAAUUUCAUGUUUUCGUGUCUUGCUUCAGAUUAAAGCCGCCGAUUUUAACUCAAGCGAGGAUUAUUUGUUGACAUUCUCAUAUAAACAUCCCACCUAAUUACUCCGUACGACUGACUUGACUGACUUUUAUGCGAGAAUUAACAAGUUACAUAACUCCCCUGAGGAGGAGCGACUACACGGUGUACCCUCUUCUUCAGGUUUACAAGCAAACAAAAACACGGUGAUACCUAUGUGCAGAGCUGGACGGAUAAAUAAUGCUUUGGUAGCGAGCCAUUUGGAAGCAAAACAACAGAGCAGGGAGGGGGGGAGAGGGUGCCUGAGCGCUGAGCUCCUGUGCUGAUCAGCGCUGCAUGAUGCAGACAACAGAAGAGGAGGAGGAGGAGGAGGAGGAGGGGAGGAGGAGCGAGUGAGCGGGGGAACAGACUGGCUGAGGCUCACAGCUCUCAUUCUGUACUCUGAGCUCCGAGGAAGCAGCUCCUCUCUGAUUUGACUCUCACACUUGCUGGUUUUUUGCACUUUUGAUUCUUGAGCUGAGAAGAUCGAAGGCAGCAGCAGCAGAGGGGCUGAUUCGCUCCUACUUUUCAGACGCCAUGCUGCCCUGGAAAAGGAAUAAGUUUGUCCUGGUGGAGGAUGAAGCCAAGAGUAAACCCAAGAGCCUGGGGUCGGGGCUGACCUACCAGUCCAUCCUCUCCUCGCUGCUGCGCUCCUGCCCUGACCUGCUGCCUGACUGCCCCUUCGACUGGGUGGGCAACAUCUUCCACUCCAAACGACAGAAGGUGGAACUGAACAAAGAGGAACCUGUUUACAACGUGCGUUACCUGGGGAGCGUGGUGACCAUCACGGCGAAGGGAGACGGCUGCACGCAGGAAGCGGUGGCCAAGAUCUGGGCGAGGAGCAACUAUGGGGAGCAGAGUGUCAAGAUGAGGUUAAUGGUGGGGCCACAAGGGAUCCGCAUGAGUACUGAUAAAUCUGGAAAGAAGAAACCGAUCCAUCUCUACUCACUGAACAGGAUCACAUACUGUGCAGCUGACCCAUACCGACCCAAGAUCCUGGCGUGGAUCUACAGGCACCAGGUCAAGAACAUGGCCGUGGUGCUCCGGUGUCACGCCGUCCUGGUCAGCAAGUCCGAGAAGGCCCAGGCCAUCGCUCUGAGCCUCUACCAGAACGCCACCUCCGCUUUCAGCGAGUUCAAGCGCCUGAAGCGUCAGAGUGAUUUCCGGCACUGCCAGCAGCAGCUGCUGGGGGAGGAGGCGGUGCCCCUCAUGCCCCUGAGGAGGCUGCUGAACGGACAGUGCCACUACAGACCGCCUGCGGAGAACCCCGGGAGCGCCACCCGCCUCUGCUCCAUCACAGAGGAAGAGGAAGAGGAUGAGGAGGAGGAGGAUGAGAAACAAGAGAAAGAGAAACAAGUGCAGCAGAUGGAGAAGCAGAAGGUUUUUACCACAAACACAGACCCCACUCAGUUAUUAUCCGAGCUGGACAUCGGGGAUAUCGCCAGACUGGAGCAGUGCCAAAUUAACUUUGUUAGCGACAGCAACAACAACACGUUUACAUUUAUAACCUCUCUGGUGUGACGGUGAAACCCUUUUAAAGACGAGAUUCUGCAACACAUUCCUGUCUCUGCCCCCUCACUGGUACCCCUCUCAGGCCCCCUCCCUCCUAAAAACAUGUAAAGUGAAGUGUUUACCAGAAACUUCUCCGAACACGGGGAGGAAAAAGGAAAGAAAGAAAGAGAAGAGCCGGUUCAGUGGGAGGUGAUUUUGUAUUCGGAGCAGAUGGCUCGGUCGCGGCUUUGACUGUAGCAGUUAGUGAAACUGUGUGUUUACAAAGAGGGCUGAUGAUGCACAGACCAACAUAGCACAAUGACGAGCGAGGACGACGCUGACGCUGAGAUCUCUGACACCAGGGUCGUAUUCGGACCACAGCACCAUGCAGGAUUCCUCUCUUAGUCUCUCUUGUAUCUUCUUUUUUUGUGUGAGGCCAGCAGGGACAUCUUUUUGGAAUCGACUUGUAAUAUUUUUUCAGGGAGGCUCUUUGUAAAUUUGUGUAAUUUUUUCUAACACGACAAUCCUGACUGACCUUUGUGAGCGCUACAAUCGAGAGAAGUUUAUUACGGUUUUACUAAUGAUCACAGCCGACUAAUGAAUAAGGCUAUAAAUUAGGAAGCAAGCCAUUUAGUCGACAUGUUUAUUGCAGCCAUCCGUUACCCUCCUUAUCAUUUAUGCAUGACAUGUCAGAGGUAACCUUUUCAUGCUCAGCUUUUGUCUUUUCACACCUGACAUCUUUGAUCCCUUAGCUUUGAAAACGAACACUGUGAUAAAUGUGCGACCAAGGAUGAAAAACACAACUGUUCAUGCAGAAGUUUGUGUCGUUUAUGUCAUGCGUUUUCUACGUAGAGUCACCUUGAACAACAACAACGACUUUCCUGUGUUUUUUUUUUUUUUUAGCAAAGUUUGUCCUCGCAGUUUUUCCACAUGAGCCCCCUUUGCAAAAAUGCAGAUGGACCCUCACAAAUCCACACCGUCAGUUUUUGUAGCUAAUAUCCCUGUUGAUACUCUGUGCCACUGUGGAGAGAUGCAUUGUGAUUCAUAUGAGAUGAGAAGCUAUUUAUUUACCAGAUACAGUGAAUAAAAUGUGCCCACACUUGGGUUUCCUUGUUGAACCUCAGAGGAGAUGUUUUCAGAGAUUAUUCAAAUGAAUUCAACAGCUCUGUUUUCAACGUUUGUGCUUCAAAACAAGGCAAACAGCACAUCUGCGCCAGCUCAGCCGAACCCCUGUGCUGCUAAAUUAUAUAAAGAAGGUAAACAGUGUCAACUUUUAACCUCUGCUCGGUCUUUUUAGAUGUUAAUGUUGCUUGAUAAAAAUUCUGCAGGCCUUUUACUUUCUUCUCAGCCUUUUUUGCUCCGAGGGGAGGCAAUUAAUCAGCGGGGCUGAAAUGUUCGGGGAAUGAACAUAAAGCACCUGCCUCUGCAGGACGGCUGUCAGGCUCUGACAGGAGCAAGUGAUCCAAAACGGGCGACCAGGAAGUUGACUCACUGGAUGACCGUUUUUACUGGAAAUGUCUGCCAACUUAAAGAUGACAGAGACAAUUAAAUUAUUCAACCGGUCUCGCACAGACAUCUGCACAAAGAGCAUUUUAAAUUGAAGCAUAUUUAAAGGUACAGUGUGUGGUUUCAAGCAGACUCUUAUAUUAUAAUACAGCAAGAUUAAAGCUCCUAUGAGAAGUUUUUAGACGUUUAUGAAAUAGACUAAAAUUUGAAUUUAAAAUCCAAAAGUAAACAAGACAAUCAUGGACAAGACUGAGAUUGUGUCGACUGAAGAAACAGCCCUGUUUUUACAUGAAAUAUUCACAUUCAGUGGUACAUUUAGAUGUCAAAAAGUAGCAGGAUGUGGUUUUAUAAAAACUCACAACUCACAGCAUGUAGAGGACAACAUAUGCAAAGUCUGCUGUGUCCACAGGGGGUGCCAAAAAUUGACCCAAACUGAAAACUAAUCACAGGAGCUUUAAUCUUGCAAUGACAGAUCUCUUGUAAUGGGUACAUGCGCAAAAUAAUUUGUGUUGGUAGAAUUUCUGUUCGGACAAAUGGAGGAUCAUACUCACAUGCAUUACAGGAUCUUUUGUCCUCAAAGGCCACCGUCCUUUUGCCAGAGGGGAAAGCAAGGGUGAACAAGGGAGCUUUUCAAUACAGAAUCCCCAUUACUUCCAUCUGUACCAUUAAGAUAACGUUAACAUAGAAACACAUUCAGUUGGCGACUGUGAAGUCGAGUUUUGAAGCCUAUCGGGAGCGGUCACCGCUCAACACUCUUUACUGUUGAUACACUGCGCUGCCAUCUUGGAAUAUGACGUUGUCGUCAAGUCGGGGUUGGUAAGGACUGUCCAA